AUGGUUGUUGUGCUGUCGACAAGUCUUUCGACGAAACUUGUCGAAAUCUCUGAAGAACUUGAACGCAACAUGCACGGAUUUCGGGACGUAGAAAAACAAGCCGCAUAUCAUAUCCGUCUCGGUCAGUUCGCUUCUCGUCUCCUUACUCGUCGUGGACGUCAAUCUUCUGGCAGUUGUCAAUGCAAUUAUUACAACUCCUGCCCACCUGGACCACCAGGACCACCCGGUCAAGCAGGAGACCAUGGCAGUCCUGGUCUACCGGGUGGACGUGGAGCACCUGGCGCUAGUGUGACUUAUCCUUCAGUUCCUAUUCGCACCUUCCCGAAGUGCAGAGUGUGUCCCGACGGCCCUCCCGGCCCUCCAGGCCCACCUGGUCAACGUGGUCAACCUGGCCUGCCUGGUACUCCUGGCUUAAAUAUCGGAUCGUUGUCACCUGCAGGGCUCCCAGGACAAUCAGGGCCACCCGGCAGACCCGGUGUGCCUGGAGCUCCAGGAAAAAAAGGCCUACAAGGGAGCCCUGGAAAAGACGCAACAGUAUUCGCUGAAGGGCCUCCUGGACCAGCUGGGCCUAGAGGCCCACCUGGAGAGCCUGGUGCCAAAGGGAGCACUGGAAAAGACGCACCAGUAUCCGCUGAAGGGCCUUCUGGACCAGCAGGGCGUAGAGGCCCACCUGGAGAGCCUGGUGCCAAAGGGAGAACUGGUGCUGCUGGCGCAACUGGUUUACCUGGAAAACCUGCUCGCUUCUGCAAAACGUUAUGCCCAAGCGAAUGCUGCAAAGAAAGAACAGUAUGCAUGGUUUCCAGCUCCAAGUUCACUACCCAUUUCGGUCCAAACUACAGUACCUUCUCGAUGCUUACAGAAGCGGCAGCCGCAUAA